AGUGGGACAAAUGAAGUUCAUUUUCUACAGCUGGUGAUGGCGGAUGUUGUUGAAAAAGACACCAUGAAGAAUUACCACAUAGCAUCUGAGAAAAUAAACCUAGAGGCCAGUCGCUACCCUUACUGUAUUGUGUGGACACCAAUCCCCGUGUUAUCAUGGCUUUUUCCAUUCAUUGGCCACAUGGGAAUCUGCACUUCCACUGGUGUCAUCCGGGACUUUGCUGGACCUUACUUUGUCUCAGAAGACAACAUGGCUUUUGGAAGACCGACAAAGUACUGGAUGCUUGAUGUAAGCAAAGUGUACGCCAGCGGCUCCAAUGCCUGGGACACAGCGGUGCACGAUGCAUCAGAGGAGUACAAGCACAGGAUGCACAACUUGUGCUGUGACAACUGUCAUUCACAUGUCGCCAUGGCUCUGAAUCUGAUGCGAUAUGAAAACAGCACCUCGUGGAACAUGGUCAACCUCUGCCUCCUCGCUCUGAUCCAUGGAAAACAUGUCAGCUGUGCAGGCUUUCUGAAGACCUGGCUGCCUUUCCUGAUGCUGAUGGGCAUGAUCCUUACAGUGGCCCUGACCCUCAACCUGCGGUGACCUGGGAGGCCGGUUAAAGACACAGUGGAACCCCUGCAGGUCGGAUGUGGGGUUGACCUUUUUAGACAACUAGGGGGCAUCACACGGUGUCGAGCAAAAGCGAUCGAGGAGAUAUAGACUACUUCCCUCCGAGAGGAGAUUGUUGAACAGGAAUGUACAACACGUGUAUACCAACACAUGCUUGGUUUGUGGUAGCAGGCGGCCUGUUAGUGGCAUUAUUCCAGUGGUGAUACUGGAACGAAAUAGUGAUGGAAAUUCAUUUAUAUUCAGUCAUUCAUUUAGAGGGAGGUGACUGAACACCCCAUCACCACCACAACUAGCAGAAAACACACUUAAUGGAUUCGGAUUAUUGAAAGUCUAACAGCAGGUUUAAGCCAUCGCCACCUGCACAGUGUAGACGUCGUGUAGCUGUAUUGAUAGUUGAAUUGAAUUCUCUGAGGGAACACAUUCAUGCCUUGCUUUCAGAUUCUGGUGACUUACUUUGUAAUGGAUUGGGAGUGUAAUCCCAUGAUUCAGUGCUUCCAGAAUUUCACUUUUAUACUGGGGAGCACAAACAUGCUAUAUCAAUUAGAUGCCUUUCUAGGGAAUUUAUUGCAUUUCAUGCUUGAUCUAAUGUAGCUUCUUAAACAUGCCAGAGCAGUUUGUAUUUUUGUGCAUUUUCUUACUUAACUCUGUAGGAUAUCAAAAAUGUAUGCAUCUUCUAAAAAGAACUAUUUUUUCAGAGAUAUGUCGUACAUGCAUUCCAUGUAUCACCUCAUGGUACUACUUUGAAUAGGUUUACGAUGAAUGUUUUCAUACCUGUAACUACAGAUCAUCAAUGCAACGAUUGUAGCAACCUCAGUGAACGUGGCUGUGGAAAAUACCUAGAGAAACCAACAGAACAGUUAAGCUCCUUUUUUCGGUUUUCUAUACUUGUGCCAUAUGUUGGAGAAUGGGAGACCAACUCAAACUGUGUCCUUGAAGUUGUUCUUAAGUGGAACAGCUCAUUGGUGAUUCCAAAUUUAUUGAAGAGCAGCUUGUUGUCGGGAAUUAUGAAACCUGGUUCAAUCUUUUUGUUUAACGUGAGAAAAGUUUUUUCUUACAAAUUUUGACUUAAGGGAAAGAAGCAAGAGUCAGUGCCUAAAAAUGACCUCUCUCACAGCUCCGUUAUGUAUUAUGUAUUUCUGAUUUUUGUAGUUAUUCUUGUUGAAUUAAAAAAAAACUUAAAUCCACAUGAUGGUUGGCACUCAAAAUCCGUUGCCAUGGCUGUCGUGAGUAGAUUCAAAUCCCCUCAUUGUUUGCAAUCAAAUCGAAAAAAGUGUUGAGCCCUCUCUUUGUCCGCGGUGCUGCCAGAAGCAGCAGGUAGCCAGGAUCCUCAGGUUUUUCACACUCGCCAACCCCUGCUGAAUAUCCGCAGUUCCCCCCCAGCGCCUGACCAGCAUCGCUCCUGCUGUUUUCCACCUCUGCAUAUCAGAUCUGAAGGUCAAUGCGAAAUGUCAGCACUGUUUCACAAAGCUUUGACACAUAUACCGACCAACAUCCUGCAAUAAUCCAAAGUAGAUGUCAUUUAAGUGUGAUUUUACAGUUUUAUUUUCUGUGUUUAGGGUUUCAUGUUAGGGCUAACACCGUGCCAGUUUUCUACACUUUGCUCUGCUCACUCGGCUGCCCGAGAGCAGAUAUUCUGUGGCCUCUUGUGUGUAUUUUACCCAUGUCGCCUGUAAAUAUUUGAUCACACAUUAUACCAUACACCAGGUGCUCUUUAUAUAUUUUGCAAACUUGAUCACUCACUCGACAGAUUUCCUCUUUUGAAUAAUUCACAGUGCAAUUUUCAUUCUCUACCCCACUCGUGCAUAUCAUCUCUGCUCUGGCAGUGAAGCAGAUUUGUGCCUGAAUGAGUGCGUGAUCGCGUGUGUGUGUUAGUCAUGCAGCGAUCAGAGAGAGCAUGUGAUUGCAUGCCAGCAUGUGUGUGUGUUUGUUGCAUGCAUGCAAGAGAGUUUGAGAGAGAAGUUUAUGUUUGACACAUAGUGCGGCUUCGUGAUUAAUAAUGAGCUGCAUUUCAUUGCAGUCUGCUUCCUAGUUAUUGAUUUCUCUAUUUAUUAUCCAUAUCUCUCUCUUAAUCUGGUUCAAGUCUUAGUGAUGAUUAAUAAUAAAUUAGAAGUGUAACAGGCCUGCUUAAGUUAACGCUGAUUUGAUGCAAUAGCCAGCAUUGUUAAGUGUGUGGCUACACAUUCUGAAGCUGCAGAGUCAUCUUCAAUAUAUUUAAAUGAGAAAAUAGAAAAAAAAUGAGAAUCUGCCCUCAAUUUGAACAUUGGAUACUGUAUAUAAAAACACAAUUUGGGAAUAAUUUUCAGCCUUUUUACUGUGACACUUCAUGACUGUUUUCUAAAGCCAUGUCGUUAUUGUGAAGAGGUAAUCACCUUUUAUUGUAAAUACAACUUUAUGCCACAAAUAUUUACAUUCUAAAUUAUUGUGAUUUGGACUUUGUGGCCCUCCAUUCACAGUGAUGUUACUAAAAGUAGCAUGUGUUUAAAAAAAAAAUCUGGAAAUAUGCUCAUUAUGCCUAAACUGCAGUGACAUUUUGCAUCUCUGUCCAAACUUAGUGAAUGUGGCUGUGGAAAGUACCUAUAGAAACAAACAGAAAACCCCUUUGGUUCUCUGUAAUUGCGCUAAAUGACGGAAAACGGGAGAAAAACUGUCCUUGAAUAUAUGACUUGUUUUCUGCAGUGAAAAAGCUCUUUCAUUACAUUUUAAACUCUGAAAGGCAAUGAAUGAAUGAGCCUUUGGGAUCACUUGAAACUCACAAUAUUGCCAUUAUUACUGCUUCUGACAUAUAAAUCUAUAUAUAUAUUUUAGAAGGAGAGAUAGAAAAUCAGAGUGCAUGUGCAAGAAUGCAAUACUCAGUGGAGAUCAUUUGAAUGGUUUUAGAUGUUGCCUGCUGCGGUGCCUUGUUGUAUCCAAGAGCCAGGUCCAGGAAUGUGGAGACCUGUGGUCCCAGCGAUUCAGUCUGCUGACAAAAGACAGUUGGGAUGCUAUUAUUAGUGCCACUAUCCAUAUAUACUUAUACCAGUCUGCAAUUUCAAAAACCCUCUUUUGUUUCUCUAAUCCCCAAAAUAUCUUUUAUGCUGCAGAUCAUAUAGCCCACGGGGAAUUUUAAGACUCCUCUGCAAAUGACUGUGUGAACUCUGAAUGUGAUUAUGACUUACAGCUAUAAUACCAAUAAAGAUGUCUAUUAUUGUA